CCGCAGCUGAUGCGGCGAGGCAGACCACUGGGGCAGGCUCGCAGAUAGCAACAGGUUGUACUGGGAAAGCCUCUUGGAGAAAUACAGAAGAUGUCAUGGAUGAAACUGUUUUCAGCGGCUAUAGUAAUAGCGGCCUUGCUAUACAAAAUAAGGGAAAAGUCCAUGGCAGAAUCACCCUUGCCAGAGCUGGACCCUGAUCCUUGGUGGGGACCCGGAGAACGCGAAAAGGCCGACGAUUCCGUCAGGAACUUCAAGAUUGCCAUUUCUAAUCAGGACCUUGAUGAUCUGAAGACGCGGCUUGCCAUGCCCCUACGCCUCACACCCCCCCUUGAGAAUGCCAACUUCACCUACGGGAUGAACCAGAAUACCCUGAAGGAUAUCGUGCAGCACUGGCGAUUUAAAUACGACUGGAGAAAGAGAGAAGCUCUUCUUAAUUAUUAUCCUCAUUUCAUGACCAAAAUUGAAGGUCUAGAUAUACACUUCAUGCGAGGUAAUGCCGAGACAAAGGGUGCUAAGAACAUAAAAGUACUGCCACUCCUGCUUAUACAUGGAUGGCCUGGCACCUUUGUGGAGUUUUACGAUAUCAUGCCUCUCCUGACCACACCACAGGAGGAUAGCAAUGUUGUGUUUGAAGUUAUAUGUCCUUCCAUACCAGGGUAUGGAUUCUCUCAGGGCUCAGCUAAGCAAGGUCUAGGCCACUUGGAAACGGCACAAAUAUUCUUAAAGCUUAUGAAGAGGCUGGGAUAUGACCAAUUCUACCUUCAAGGUGGUGACUGGGGCUCAAUCAUUGCAACAAGUAUGGCUACAAUGUACCCUGAGAAUGUGCUGGGUAUCCAUCUCAACAUGUUUGUGGCCAACAGCAUAGGGCCUAAUUUGAAGCUGAUUCUGGGAGCUUUUCUUCCAUCAGGCAUUGUGGUAUCUCAUGAAGACCAGGAAAAGCUCUAUCCCUUAACAGAAAAGUUGGGCAUGUUUGCUCGUGAGACUGGUUAUCUUCACCUUCAGGCUACAAAACCAGAUACUAUCGGUGCAGCACUGAAUCAAAACCCUGUUAGUUUAGCUGCUUAUAUCAUGGAGAAAUUCAGUUCUUGGACUCAUAAAGAUAAUUACAAAGAAGUGGAUGGGGGGCUUCUCCACAAACAUUUUCCUAUUGAUAUUGACAAGAUCUUGGAUAAUAUCUGCAUUUAUUGGUUCACUGGUUCCAUCACAACAAGCAUGCGUUACUAUGCUGAAAACUUCAGUCCAAAAAGCAUGGCAAACAAUCUUGAUAGCAAUCCUUGCCGUGUGCCAUCGGCCAUGUCUGCCUUCCCACAUGACCUUUUAAACCAGCCUAAAAACUUUGUUGCUCACAAGUUUUAUGAUAUUGUCAGCUACAGUGAUCAGUUAGUAGGGGGACAUUUUGCAGCCAUGGAGCGGCCAAAACUACUCGCUAGAGACUUUCACCAGUUUGUCAACACUGUGGAAACCAGAGAUAAUUAAACACGCUAAAGUAUUUUAUCAAAAUAAAAAAUCAUGCUUUUGAAAUGUAUAAAUUUAUAUGUAACUUUUAUAGUCCAACCACAGUAAAUUACUUCAGAUGUUUACAACAAGUGAAAAGUACAAAUGAAGAUAUUAUGUACGAACAAAAUAAAGAUUACACAUUAAAAGAACUAAAAGACAUGCUUCAGAAAUAUGAGAAUAUUAAAGUGCUCUCUGUUAAGGAAAAUGCUUUUUUCUGUUUAAACAUUCAUUGAAUCAGUGGUUUUCAGACUUUAUUAUAUGAAGAUACACUGAAGAAAUAUAUUUAACUUCCAUGUCACACCAACUCUUUACUCAACCAAAUUAGGAAAAUACAUUUAUAUAUACAGGCCUUUACUUGGGAUUGCAUAUAUAAAACUCCACUGUAAAUAAUGUGUAAUUACAUUCCUGUAUGAGAAUAAAACACCUGAUAUAUAUAACACAUAUCCUUGACUGUAUUUGUAUAUCAAAAUGAGGGCCACAUGAUAGGCACAUUCAUUCUUCAGCACCUAGCUGUCUCUACUGUUUCUCUGUUUUUAUGUUAGUGAGUGCUGAGAAACUUACAUUAACGAAUAAGGAGGUCAAGAACUGGGAAAGAAUAUUUUUAACCUUUAAAGCAAUAUGUGACAUUUCUUCCACAGUAUAAAUUUUAAAUAUUUCAAAUAACAUUUCAGAGUAGUUGAGUUUUACAGUGGAGUCAUUGCAAAUAUUACAUUUUUAUGGAAGCCAAAUUGUGGUUUAUUUGAUGGAUUGUGAACAAUUGGAUUUCUCAAUCAUAAUUUUUAGCAGAUAGGAUUAGUAAAAUACUUUUCCAGCCUCCUUGCCAAGCCCUCAUGGUGCCCACUGAUAAACGGAACAUAUAAUGUGAGCAUUUGCAGUCUUUGGAAAUACAAUUUCAGACUCACAUUUACAUUCCAGAGCUACAUUUUUUUCCUCAGCACAUUUGAGAGAGUUCCAUGGCAUGCAGUUUGAGAACUGCUGCUUAAGAUGGACAAGUUAUAGUCCAAUAAUUAUGAUUAUGCUUUAUGCUAUGGAUUUAAAGAAUUAAAAACAGUAUUAAAGUGGUUCUUGAAA